UGGUUGAAGAUGAACCCAUUGAUCCAUGCAACCCAUCACCCUGUGGUCCAAACAGUCAAUGUCGCAAUGUCAAUGGCCAGGCUGUAUGCUCUUGUCUACCAGAAUACGUAGGAAGUCCACCAGGAUGUCGUCCAGAGUGUGUAGUAAGCUCAGAGUGUACAUCAAACAAGGCUUGCAUAAAUCAAAAAUGCGUUAACCCUUGCCCAAGACCUUGCGGAUUGAAUACAAAUUGCGAGGUCCUCAACCAUAGUCCAAUCUGUGCUUGCAAACAAGGAUAUACAGGAGAUCCCUUUACAAGAUGUUUCCCUAUUCCAAAACCAUUACCAGCUCCUGAACCAGUCAAAAAUCCAUGCUUCCCAUCUCCUUGUGGAUUAUAUGCAGAAUGCCGUGACAUCGGUGGUUCUCCCUCAUGUUCCUGCUUACCGACUUACAUUGGUAGCCCACCAAAUUGCAGACCAGAGUGUACCAUAAAUCCUGACUGUCCAAGCAACAAGGCUUGCAUGAAAGAAAAGUGCAGAGAUCCUUGUCCAGGAUCCUGUGGGUUACUGGCUCAGUGUCAUGUAAUAAAUCACACACCUGUGUGCACGUGCCCUGAUGGCUAUACAGGAGAUCCAUUCAGUAAUUGUUAUCCAAAACCACCACCACCACCGGAGCCUGUAGAAGUAGAUCCUUGCAAUCCAUCACCCUGUGGAUCAAAUGCUCGUUGCGAUAAUGGCAUUUGUACCUGCUUACCCGAGUACCAAGGAGAUCCUUACACUGGCUGUCGUCCAGAAUGUGUUCUGAAUACUGACUGUCCUUUGAACAAAGCUUGCUUGCGCAAUAAAUGCGUCGAUCCAUGCCCAGGAACUUGCGGUCAAUAUGCAAUCUGCAAUGUCUUCAAUCAUGUUCCCAUGUGCAGUUGUCCUAUUGGAAUGACUGGGAAUGCAUUUAUUUCGUGCUCACGAAUACCAGAACCCGAGAUCAAAGAUCCAUGCAAUCCAUCUCCUUGUGGACCGAAUAGUCAUUGCCGUGCCAUAAACGGUCAAGCUGUAUGCACUUGCGUUAUUGGAUACAUUGGAAGUCCACCUUCCUGCCGACCUGAGUGUGUCGUUAGUUCAGAUUGUGCACGUAACGAAGCCUGCAGCAAUCAAAAAUGCAUCGAUCCUUGUCCUGGAACAUGUGGAAUCAGAGCACAGUGUCAAGUUAUCAAUCAUAAUCCCAUAUGCAGUUGUCCUCGAGGUCACACCGGUGAUCCAUUUGUCAGAUGCGAACCAAUACAAGACACUGUUGUAACUCCUGUUAAUCCAUGCCAACCAUCCCCUUGUGGACCAAACGCACUUUGUCAAGUAAUCAACGAGUCGCCUUCGUGUUCCUGCUUACCAGAAUAUACAAGUUCUCCACCAAACUGUAGACCUGAGUGUGUUAGCAAUAGUGAAUGCUCUAGUCACUUGGCUUGCAUUAAUCAGAAGUGCAAGGAUCCUUGUCCAGGUGCAUGUGGAAUCAAUGCCGAGUGUCGUGUUGUGAGCCACACACCAAUGUGUGCAUGUCUUCUUGGAUAUGCUGGUGAUCCAUUCUCGCAGUGUACUCAGAAGCAAAAUAUACCAGUCGAACACCUUUCACCCUGCACACCAUCGCCAUGUGGUUCUAAUGCAAUUUGCAAAGAACAGAAUGGAGUAGGUUCAUGCACUUGUCUACCUGAAUAUAUUGGCAACCCGUACGAAGGAUGUCGUCCAGAAUGUAUAAUGAAUUCGGAUUGCGUAGCAACUCUUGCCUGCAUCCGAUCAAAGUGUCAGAAUCCUUGUCCAGGAACCUGUGGAUUAAAUGCAGAAUGUCAAGUGAUUAAUCACUUGCCAUCAUGUACAUGUUUCCCUGGUUACACUGGUGAUCCAUUCCGUUAUUGUCAUCAAGAAAUUGCACCUGUAAUAUCAGAACCAGUAGAUCCAUGCAACCCAUCACCAUGUGGACCAAAUAGUCAAUGUAGAGUCGUGAAUGGUCAGGGUGUUUGUUCUUGCCUACCAGAAUAUAUCGGUAGUCCACCAGGAUGUCGACCAGAGUGUGUAGUGAGCUCAGAAUGUCCUAGCAACAGAGCUUGCGUUAAUCAAAAGUGCAUAAAUCCUUGUCCUGGCCCAUGUGGACUUAAUACAGAAUGUGCAGUACUAAAUCACAGUCCAAUAUGUACUUGCAAGGCGACAUACACAGGAGAUCCAUUCACGCGUUGUUUCCCAACACCAAAGCCACUACCUGCACCAGUACCUGUUAGAAAUCCAUGUGUGCCUUCACCAUGUGGUCCGUAUGCUGAAUGUCGUGAUAUCGGAGGUGCACCUUCCUGUUCUUGUUUGGCUAAUUACAUUGGCAGUCCACCAAAUUGCAGACCAGAGUGUACAAUAAAUUCAGACUGUCCAAGCAGCAAGGCAUGCAUAAGAGAAAAGUGUAAAGAUCCUUGUCCUGGAUCCUGUGGAAUAUUAGCACAGUGUAAUGUUAUUAAUCAUACACCAGUCUGCACUUGUCCUGAUGGAUAUACUGGAGAUCCUUUCAGUAAUUGCUUCCCUAAGCCGCCACCACCUCCUGAACCGGUUGCCGACGAUCCUUGCAAUCCAUAUCCCUGUGGACCAAACGCACAAUGUAACGACGGUGUUUGCACGUGCCUUCCAGAAUAUCAAGGUGAUCCUUACGUCGAAUGUCGCCCUGAGUGCGUUCUUAAUACUGAUUGUCCACUGGACAAAGCUUGUGUUCGAAACAAGUGCAAAGAUCCUUGUCCGGGAACUUGUGGACAAAAUGCAAUAUGCAAUGUUUAUAAUCAUGUACCGAUGUGCAGUUGUUCACCAGGAACAAGCGGAAAUGCAUUUGUACUUUGCUCUCCCUUCAGAGAACCAGUGAUUGAGGAUCCUUGUAAUCCUUCGCAUUGUGGUCCUAAUAGUCUGUGUCGUACAGUGAACGGCUUAGCAGUUUGCACUUGUGUUCCUGGAUUUAUUGGAAGUCCACCAUCUUGUAGACCCGAAUGUAUAGUCAGUUCAGAUUGUGCAAGAAGUGAAGCUUGUAGUAAUCAAAAAUGCAUAGAUCCUUGUCCAGGAACUUGUGGCAUCAGAGCUCAAUGUCAAGUUAUCAAUCACAAUCCUAUAUGCAGCUGUCCUGCGAGAAUGACUGGUGAUCCAUUUGUGAGAUGUGAACCUAUACUGGAUGCACCACCGGUUGUUGUUGUAAAUCCAUGCCAACCGUCACCCU